UCACAGCACAACUUAACCCUCUCCACGACGACACCAAUAAACCCUGACUGGAAUCAGACAGACACCGAAACACAUCCGAGUCUUACAGACAGAGCGUUUAUCUGUGUUUGGAUGAAUCGCGGUAUCGUUUUUUAAUCUCGAGUCCAGCGCGGAGCAGGAAUGUCCCGGAGGAAACAGAGCAACCCAAAGCAGUUCAAACGAGUGUUUGAAAAUGGGCUUGAGGCGGACUCUGAGGAGACGCUGUGUGAGACGAAAGAGAUUUUAAAAGAAGAAGACCGGUCUGUAGAGGACGACCCAAUUUACUUCUCUGACCCAGAGAACGGCAUCUCUAAAGAUGGAGAUCACUUGAGGAACGGUGAAAUGGGUGGAAGUGUAAAGGUGGAACAACAAGACAGUGACGGACAAGAAGAGAGAGUCCAGUCCAGCCCAGUGACAGCAGAAGAAUGGGACGGCCCAAGGGAGCUGAAAAUUGUCUGUGAAGGAGAAGAGAAAAAGAUUUGUUCUUGUCAGGCACUUUUACUGGGCACCACGUGGGGACCUUUCCCUGGCAAGAUCGAGGCAACCACUGGAGGAAGUGACAAGGUUUCGCUGGUGUUGAAUGGAGGUCCUCGCUGGCUGAUGGACAUCAUGUGGGUCAGCGCUGAAGAUGGAAAGAGCAACUGUGCUGUUUACAGUAAAGGAGGACAUGUGUGGUGUUCCACAACCAAAAACAUCAUGGAAGGAGACGAGCUCGCAGCCUGUGUGGUGGAUUUGCACUCUCAUCUUCAAUCCCCAGGCCCAAAUCCCUAUGGUCAAGGGAUGUACCCGUCCCGACAACUGGAUGCCAUCCAACUCCUUCCUCAGCAAGCGGCCAUGGCAUCCAUACUGCCCGGCGCUAUCAUCAACAAAGACAUCUUCCCCUGUAAGGCAUGUGGCAUCUGGUUUCGGAGUGAAAGAAACCUACAGGCCCAUCUUAUGUAUUACUGCAGUGGGCGACAAAGGGACCCUGAGAUGGUGGCAGAGAAAAACGCCAAUAUCAGCCAUCAAAUGCUCCGCAAUUGCACAUACCCCCAGUGCAAUAUGAGCUUUGCAGGCUCACAUGCCUUGGAAAUGCACUUAUCCACACAUAACUGUCUCAAGUCUGAUGAGAUGUCCACUGGAAGCAACUUGAAAUGCACCAUUUGCGACUACACUGCUGAAACUCUCAUGGUACUCCAGCACCACAUCCUCUCCCAUCUAUCCCAAACCGGCCUAAGAUGCGGUCAAUGCCACUUCUCAUUCCAAACCCCCAGAGAAAUGGCCAAACACCAGGAGCUACAUGGACAUAAUUGUACGGUCACCAAUAAACUCAUUAAAGAAGACAAAACUGAUAACACUCCUAACAGCAUUACAAGUAGCUCUCAACAGCUCAGAGCUAAGACAAACAUCAAUGACCUCCAGGAAAGCACAGCACAAUGUGAUGUAACUCAAAUUUCAGAUCUGGAAAACACGGACAGUAGCCAGACAUCCACUAAAGGUGAGGCAAACUCAGGAAACAAGACUAACCUUUCAUAUUCCAGAGUCAAGUCAGAACCUUCUAGUCCUCGUUUAGCCUCUUCACCCAUUCAGCACCACCUUCCUCCUGCAUUUCCCAUACCCCCCUUUAUACCGCAUGUCCCGUUUUCACAGGAUAUUACCAUGGGGCCGCAGGCAUCUGAGAUACUGGCCAAAAUGUCUGAGUUAGUCCAUCGCAGGUUGCGUCAUGGUGGAAACUCGUACCCUCCAGUCAUGUACAGUGCACUUGUACCAAAAGGAGCAACAUGCUUCGAAUGCAAUAUCACCUUCAAUAACCUUGACAAUUAUUUAGUGCACAAGAAGCACUAUUGCAACAGUCGCUGGGAAAACACACACAAAUCACACGAUUUCACUGGACUUCUGGAUAAACCAGCAGGCACUGUAAGCCCUAAAAUUGGAGCCAGUUUGGCUGUUAUGCUAAAUGCCGGCCAUCCCUCUGAAGUGAAAGGUCACGAGCCUAAACCUUGCAAUCCUAUUGCAGGUGGAAAAGUAACAGAUGAACUGACUGUGCAAGUUAAAAAAGCAUCAACUCCAUCUGGUGCACAGGAGAGACCAAAUGGUACACAGCUGGAUUUACAAAGCCAGAAAAUGCCACCCACUGAAACUGACCCCAGCCACACAACAUGUGAGGCCUGCAAGAUCACCUUUAGUCGACAUGAGACCUACAUGGUGCACAAGCAGUAUUACUGUGCCACUCGCCAUGACCCUCAAAUCAAACGGGCAAACAAUAAAGGACCGGCCAAUCAGAAGGCAGUACGUCCACGUAAAAGAAGAAAGGCAUACGAGUUGGCCAAUUCCGAGCAAGAACAAAUGCCACCAAUGGGUAUGCCAUCAUUUCUUGGAAUGCCCACUUUAGGAGGACCAUACAUGUCUAAGGACACACUGGAUAGCUUCAGAGAUCAUCAGAGAUACAACAUGAUCCAGGGGUUAGUGCCCAAAUACCCAGAGGCUUCACUGACAGUUACAAAAUCAGCUCUUGUGUCAAAAUGUAAUAUAAUCUCUAAGGAAGAAAGCGAUGCACCCAUAGAUCUCAGUAAAAAAUGCGUGCCACAGUUUGGUAACACUCCUGUUUCCCCUAAAGGACUAAUGGAUUAUCAUGAGUGUGUUGUGUGCAAGAUAAGUUUCAACAAAGUUGAGGACUAUCUGAAGCACAAGCAGAACUUCUGCCCGGGUACUAUUUUGCAAAAUGCUUCCACUGAGAACAAAAGCAUCAAAAAGGAAGGUCCCAGAAAUACUAACAACCUCUUAGAGAACCCCCUCUUUGAGUUUCCAGCUCCACAGAUAAAGAUUGAGCAUCCAAAUGCAGUGCCAACUUCUGAUACCCAAGCUUCAAGUGAGAAACAAUUAAUCCCAACAAAAGAUGACCCGAGGAACAUGUUUCAACCCUCUUCGACCUACCCAAGUCCUGCCAAGAAAAUGAGACCUGAUGAGCAAAUUUGGCCUUACUAUGAAAUCAAACCCACUGAUUACGCUACAGGAAUGCUGGUCUCACAAAGUGAAAGGAGACAGAGUCCAAAUGAGGGCAGUGAGGGAGAAAAAGAUCAGCCAAUGCCUGACGGUAGCCAUCUUAGCACAGAUGACCCUGAGAUCCAGAGCAAGUCCUCAUCUCUAAAGGACAAUGUUGAGAUUGAGGAAAAGAUGGAAGAUGCUGACAACAAACAGGAAUCCCCUACACCAGAGAGCCAUUUAGAUGAUCCCAUCAACAGUAAGGAUGUCACAACACAGAUGCCAUCUCUAAAAACUGAGGAAGUCUCGACUAGCUUGAAGAAAGUGUUGAAUGGGUCCAUUGGCAACUCAAGUAAUGUAAAGUACUGUCGCCCGUGUGACAUUCAGUUCAACAAUCUCUCAAAUUUUAUAACGCACAAGAAGUUUUACUGCUCAUCUCACACAGCAGAGCAUGUCAAAUAGUGAACAACUAGUCCACAGUUGUAGAAAAGGUAAUGUUGGAACCAAUCCACGUACAUGAUCUCAGCAGUGUAGAUACAUUUAGGGUCCCUUGUCACAGAACCCAAGAAAACAUUCCCUGUUGUCCACGCUUGACAACUGCACUGCUCGAAUCAAACAUAAUUUAUUGCAAUGGACACUUUCUCUAAACAUUACCAUCUGCCCUCUCGUCUUUCACAAGCCUUGAACCAGUCAUUGAUUUUCACAAGCACGUUUCUUCCCCCUUGUGGUCAUCAAAAGACGUUUUUACGAUUCCAUGCUGGUGUACUCAGUAGCAGAAGGACAAUCAAAGCAGGAUUAAUCCUACCAGUCAUUUAUUAGAAACUUUAAACCUAUUUGUUGAAAGUAUUGUGUGUUAAUAGUUUCUUGUUUUUUAUGUAUUUAUUUAUUUAAUAAUAGUUGCAGCUCCAAAAAAACACAGAUCUGAAAUGAAAAGCAAGCUUAUGAACGUUUCAGGAUUGCGGAAGGAAGCCACAUUGUAGAAACUGAUUAAAAAGAAAAGCCUACAGAUGGUGGGACUACCACUGACUGACUAUUGUUUAUCCUUAAAGACUGGCAAUCACGUUUUCUGAAUUAAUAAUUGUCAAUACAUGUAGAGUCUAGUUUGUCCUUGAUGUUUCUUUAUGCUUCAAAUCUUUUUUCUCGUCAAUGCAAAACUCUUCUUAAAAAGGUGACCUGUAUGUGUGUUUGUUGAUUCGUUAUCUCUUUUUUAAAUAUCUGGCUUCUAAUGCAAUACUUUUUAAAAGAUAAGACAUUAUUUAAAGCAGUAUUAUGAAAGGGUAACGUUUUUUACUUGGACCCCAUAAAUUCUGUGUGGUGUUUACGGAGGUCUUACAGAGAAGGGUUUGAUAUGAAUGACUCACUGUAAACUUUCCUACAGAAAAAUAAUCUUGUCAGAAAAAAAAGUUGUCAAUAAUGUGUUGCUAUGCAUGUACCUGUAUGGAAUGAAAUUCCAGAAAUGUGGGAAAUGUUAUUUUAUGUGGCAUAAAAAUUAAAAUUCUUA